AAUGUUAGUACGUCAAAAGUCAAUGGAUCAGAAAUACGACCUGUUUCACAAGCAUCGGUGCCACUUAUUUUGGAUGAGAAGUUUGUCAAUGCCAGAAAUGUUGUUGCAGCCAGAGAGGCUUGGGUAGAGACAUUAGAUACAAAUACAUCUGAUGUUGGCAUGAUAACCCUCCACCCAGAUGUUUUUUCUGUUUGUCCAAGGAUGGACAUCAUUCAUGAAAAUGUUGUAUGGCAGAGGAAGUACAAGAUGGUGAGUAAAGCACACACCAAGACAAAACCGGAAGUAAGAGGAGGAGGUAGGAAGCCAUGGCCUCAGAAAGGUACAGGUAGAGCCAGACAUAGUUCUAUUCGAUCACCACUUUGGGUUGGUGGUGGCGUUACUCACGGUCCAAGAGCAUUUACUACCCAGUUUUAUAUGUUGCCUUUAGUUACUAGAAUUCAUGGUCUUACAUCAACACUGUCUGCUAAAUUUGCACAGGAUGAUCUGAAGAUUGUGGAAAGCUUACAGAUGGCAUCAGAUGAACCUGGGUACAUAGAAAAGCUGUGUGAAAAUCGCGAGUGGGGACCAUCUGUUCUCUUUGUAGAUGACACUGACCUGAUGCCCCGCAAUAUUACUAUUGCCACAGAUACAAUCCAACACAUGAACCUAAUGCCAGUUUAUGGGUUGAAUGUGUACAGUAUGCUAAAACACUCUACACUUGUUUUGACUGUGGGUGCAGUACGUCGCUUGGAGGAAAGGAUACUUUAUCACCUAAACAGGCCAGAUUUGACUAAGGCAAAUGCUACCCCUUUUAAGAAACAAAAUUAAUUUUGAGACUUAUUCCAAGAUUAGAUACCAUCAUAAACAAUUGGUGUAUAUAGAGAAAGACACACAAUUCAUGUGCUACCAAUUUGUACAGGUAAAUUUAUAAAGAAAGAGGUAGUACUGACUUUAAUAAAUGUUAAACUUUA